UCUGGGAGCGGCAAGCCCACGGGUGGCAGCUGGAGGCCCCGAGAUGGCCAAGUUUCUUUCCCAGGACCAAAUUAAUGACAGAAAUGGAGAGCUGGAUUUCUCUACUUUCCUGACCAUCAUGCAUAUGCAAAUCAAACAAGAGGACCCGAAGAAGGAAAUUCUUUUGGCCAUGUUGAUGGCAGACAAGGAGAAGAAAGGCUACAUCAUGGCAUCUGAACUACGGUCAAAACUCAUGAAACUGGGGGAGAAGCUCACCAACAAAGAAGUGGAUGAUCUUUUCAGGGAAGCAGACAUUGAACCUAGUGGCAAAGUGAAGUACGACGAAUUCAUCCGCAAGAUCGCCAUUCCUGUGCAAGACUACUGAACGAGGAGAAGGCAAGAGAGCCUCCCCGGGCCUGAAAACUCAGACUGAUGAAUUUUUUAAAAGUGUUCCUUUCACUUGAGGGAGAUGGCAAAUACACCAAGAGGACAUACCUGACCACAGCAGAGGAUAACUGAGCAAGGAAACAAAAUGAUUUCAGCUACAGUCUUAGCAUGUCUUUCAUAAAAGAUCUUUAUUGAUUUUAA